CAUUGCAUAAACAUGGCGGCUUCCUAAACGAAGGAGACUAUGCUAACAGUUUGUUAUAGAAUCUAGAUUAAAUGCUUCUCGGAUACACCAUAGAUCUAUUUAAAACUGUGUAGUACGAAUGAUUACAAUGGUUUUUACUAACCAGAAUGCUUAUGACAUUUUGGGCUUGCCCUCAAGUGCAGAUUUAAAUACAGUUACUACCAAGUACAAACAGCUUGCUAUACACUGGCACCCUGAAAAGCACAAAUACUCCACAGAAUCAGUACAGAAAUUUCAACAAGUAACACUAGCCUUUAAAAAACUUACAUCUUCUGAAUGUUCACAAGAUAUAAAAAUGACUGAUUGUUUAUCUGUAUUUCAACAAGUAGUUUUUAAUAGAGCUGCUACAAAUGGUACAAAAUAUAAUUAUUCAGAUUCUAGUGAUAAUAGUGAUGAUGAUGAUGAUGACGAUAGUGAUGACUCAGAUGAUGAACCCCAAAAUAAUUUAUUUAAUAAAAAAGAUAUAUCUAGAAAAGAUUCAGAAAAUGGUUAUAAAGAUUUAACAGAAGAAGAAAGAGAAAGACGAAAAGCAGAAAAAAGGCGUGCUAAGAAAAAGAGACAAAGGGAAAGAAAACGUUUAGAAAAAGAACUAAAAACUAAUGGGUCCAACAAAACUAAAACAGAUAAAAAAGGAGUAUUAAGUCAAGAAAAAUCUACAAUCCCUCGAGAUUCAUCUUCUGAAGAUGAACCAUUAUUUGAUCCCAACUCAGCAUUUUUCACAAAAGUUGUUAGUAAAAAGAAAAAGAACAGCCUAAAUGUAGACCCACCACAACCUGGUAAAAAAGAAAAGACUCAAGAAAAGAAAAGUGAUGAAGAAGUUGAAGAAUUUGUAGAUCCUAAAGUUUUACGAAGUCGACAGUUAGCUAUUAGAGGUAAUGAGAUGGCUCAGGUUGAUGAGUAUACUGCUGCAAUACAAUUAUUCACAGAGGCUAUUAAUUUAGAUUCUACAGAUUUCAGAUUUUUUGGUAAUCGAUCUUAUUGCUUUGAUAGAAUAGAACAAUAUGACAAAGCUCUUAGGGAUGCAGAAAAAGCAAUUAAAUUAGAUAAAGAUUGGCCCAAAGGUCAUUUUAGAAAAGGACGGGCAUUAGCUGGUCUUAAGAUGUUUGGUGAUGCAGAAAAAGCUUUUAUGCAAGUAUUAAAGUUAGACAAAAGCUGUGAAGAUGCUGUUGCUGAAUUAUUACGUGUUCGGACACACCAAUUAAUGGAUAUGGGUUUUUCUAAACAUAAGUCUGAAGCAGCUAUAAAAAAAUAUGGUUCAGUCCAAGCAGCCUUAGACUCAUUACUAGCUGGAGUUGGUAAUAACAUUUCAGGUGAUAACACUUUAUUUAUAUCAGACGAUGAAGAUGAAGGCUUUAAUGUACAUAGACCAGCACCAAUACCACCAGCAACAGCAAACCCUUCUGAUGUAAAAAUGGAUCCAACAAAUCCUGAAGGUCUGACAGCAUUAUGGGUAGGCAAUGUAUUACCAACAGUAACAGAAAAACGAUUAAAUCAACUUUUUUCUAAGUUUGGUCCUGUUACCAGUGUUAGACCUUUACCUGAAAAAUUUUGUGCUUUUGUUAAUUUUAAAACAAAAGAAGCUGCUGGUAGAGCAAUGCAUCAGUUACAGGGAACUGAAGUAGAUGGCCAAAAAUUGCUUAUCAAAUUCCCAGAUAAUCCUUUGACUAAUAGCACUGGCAACCUAACAAUACGAAAAAAUGUUCCUAUUGCGCCAACUAAGCAAGGUGUUCGAAAUACCCCAAAGCAAAGUGGUCCAGUCAAUGGUGAUGAAUGCUAUUUUUGGAGGACAACAGGCUGUACAUUUGGGAGUGAUUGUAAAUGGCAACAUUAUCCUCAAAGUAAAGGAAUUGAUAGAAAACCUUGGCAAAAAUAAUCUUCAGAUAUUUAUUAAAAAUAUAAUAGAGAUUUUAAAAAUGUAUACACAAAAAAAAAAAAAAAAAAUUCACAGAGCAAUUUAGAAAUUAUUUUUUAAAUUGUACAAAUUUGUAUAAAAAAAAAAACAACUUUAAAGUAAUUGUUACAGAUAAUGCAUUUAUUUUCACAGAAGAUUGUGCAUGCAAGCUCUGUACAUAUGCACAAAAUAGCCCUAAAUGUACAAGUCUGUUAGAUAUUCAAGUGAACAGGUUUUUACAGUUGAAUGGUUCACCUUAAGAAAUGUGUGUUUAUUGCACUCUGUCUUUGAUAUCUUUAAAAAUAUGUCAUUAGCAUUAGCCUAAAUUCACUAGCUUUUCAUAUAAAUACAAAUAUUUAUUUUCCAUAACAACAUUGACCUUGCAAAUGCCUUUCUUUCAUAGACUUUUUGACAAUUUUCUUUUCUUUUGGUAAUAGUAAGAUUUAAUUUCUUAAAUGCAUUUCAUUUAGUUUAAUACAUUUUUUUUUCUUAUUGGAUUAGGAUUUUUUUUUCUUUUCAAUUUUUAAAAAUGUCUGUUUCCUAAAUAUUUUUGUUUUAUACUUAAUACAUACAAUUUAUGAAUAACUUACAGUUUUUUUUUAGCUACAAAAUAUUUUGUAGGACAUUGUCAAAUUCUAAAUGAUCUAUCUUUGAAGUUCAUUUAUUUCCACUAUUUAUUGUGCAAUUUUGUAUACCAUCAAUAUUGUUUGUGUUACAGUCUCAGAUUGUGCUGCCACAUGAGAUUAUACUGAUGAAUUGAAAAACCUUUUUUUUUUCUGUCAUAAUUAUAAAGUGCAAUUACAAUAACACAUCUAUUUUUAUGUCAGAAUAGCUAUUAAAGAUACACACAUACACACUUGUGUAUUUCUGCUUGACAGAUAUUGUUAUUAAUUAAGCAUUCAUACAUUCUGCUGUAUCAUUCUGCUGCUAAGUUAUUCAAACAUUUAAAUAAUAUCACUAUUGUUUUUAAUAAAAACUUUGAGAAGUCAAGAUUGUUGUAAAGCUAUUUUAAAAGGUUCAUUGAAUGUUAAAAAUAUUAGUUUCUAAAACAUUACAGUUAGAAUAUUUGGGUGGUUUGUAUUUAUUUUCUAUAGUCUUUGAUAUAUUUAAUAAUUAGUAGAACAUCUUAAGAGAGUAAGUUUUAAUAAUAAGAAGGUUAAUACACUGGUAAAACAUUCGUCUUACAUGUGCCUUGUUAGUGGUUUGGACUUUCCCCCAAAAAAUUUUGUCAGUUUGUCCAAAUAACAAACGUCCAAUUUUUGUAAACUUACAAAUACUUGAUGUUAAAAUUCAUUUUCAGCCUGACACACACACUCUAGCGUAAUACAUAGAUGGUUUCAAGCUGAGGAGGUUUCAGAAUAAUCAUGGCCGUUUCUGAUCAUCUUGGGAGGUCUUCUAUUAAUAAGGCAGCUAGUGAACUAAUAUUAAUCUUCAUCAUGAACCAUCACUUGUGGCUGUGACUUGCUGAAUUAGUUGCAUGCAGUGCAGUAAGAAAAAACCUAUGGAAAUUUAGUUGAAUAGUAGAAGAGAAAACAUUUCAUUCUGUUCCUUACAUUUAAACUGCACUUAUUUCUAGAGUUUAUUAACAAUGCCAAAGAAUUUCAGGAUUAAUGGUUCAAUUGUUAUACAAGAACAAUAUUUCCUUAACUAUUACUUUUUUUAACUUUCUCAUUUUUUACUAUGAUAUUUUAUUUUUCAGCUUAAAAUUUACUUUUUAAUUUUUUUUUCUUCAUCAGUUUUUGUCUUCCAAUUUUGUUCUAAAGAUCUGCUUUGGGAAUCUCUCAAAUCUUAAGCUGUGUAUUUAUGAAUAUACAUACAUAUUGUUAUGUAUUAAUUUCACAUUUCGAAGUUAAUAAAUUCUAUCAAUUCUAAUGAAAUAGGUUUUUAAGUUUUAAAUAAAAAUAUUAAAUUCUAUAUUAGCUGUUUAUUUACACUGAGAUUGUAUUCAGGGUAUAUCAUUUAUUUAUACGUCUGUCAAAUUACAUUUAGUGUUAUUAAAAUAUAAAUAUUUAGCAAUUUUUAUGAAAGAAACAUUAUGCUCAUAUCCCAAAAAAAUACACGUAGGCCUAUUAUUGUGAUUUGUAUAUCUUGUAUAGGUUUUAAGUAUUAAAGCAUUGAAACUUGUUUUUUUUUAAAUUGCUACAAAACUGUAUUUUGAGGGUGUUGUAAAAAAAUGAAUAUACUCACAGGCAUUACAAUUUACAACUUAUAUGGCUGUUGAACAAACAUUAUAAUUUUUUUAAUUUCAUUUUUUGAAAUUCAAUUCCUUGUGUUAACAAACACUUGAAGCAGUGUCUCAUAAAUGGUACUGUACAUGUAAUUCCUUUUCCUUCCACCCAAAUCCCAUUUGAAUAUAUUUUGCAUUGAAAAUAUGAUGAUAUGAAAAGUUGUAUUCUAAAUACAUGUUUAGAUUGGC